CCGGCACAGGGCGGGGAGCCCGGGACGGAGCUGGCGGGGGCAGGGUUGGCCGGGGAGAGCGGCGCUGAGCCGGGGCCGGGCCGGGCGGGGCCGGCGCAGCGCCCGCCCCUCUCGCUGCCUGGCGGCCGACGGGAAGCGGCAUGGCUCCCGGCGUGGAGCUGGGUUUCGCGGCGCCGGCGGAGGGCCCGGGCGGUGCCUGGCGGCUGCACAGCACCUACUUCCCUAGCAAGGUCGGGGGGCGGCCGGCGUGGCUGGGCGAGGCCGGGCUGCCGGGCCCCGCCGCUCUGCGCUGCGGCCGCUGCCAGCAGCCCUGCGCCUUCCUGCUGCAGCUGUACGCGCCGCUGCCCGGCCGCCCCGACGCCUUCCACCGCACCCUCUUCGUGUUCGCCUGCCGCAGCCCCGCCUGCUACCGCCUGGCGGGCCCCGGCGGGCCCUUCCGCGUGUUCCGGAGCCAGCUGCCGCGGCGGAACGACACGUACCCCGAGGAGCCGCCCCCCGAGGAGCCGCCCCCGGGCCCGGCCCCCGCGCCCCCGCGGCGGCUGGGCAGCGGCGCCGCGCUCUGCCGCGUCUGCGGCUGCCUCGGGCCGCGCUGCUGCGGGCGCUGCCGCCGCGCCGCCUACUGCGGGCCCGAGCACCAGGCGCUGGACUGGCGGCGCGGGCACCGCCGCUCCUGCGGGCAGCACGCCCCCGGAGAUGAUUCGGCAGAUGCAAUUCCAGAGCAUAACGAAUUCCUUUUUCCAGAAUAUGAAAUUUUGAUAGAACCUGAGGAGCCAGAAUUUCCUGCUGACAGCACUGAUGAUGAACAAGGAGCUGAAGAUACAUCAAAGGAUGCAAAAGAACAAGAGGAACUUGGAGCUGCAGGCACUGCAGGUGAAGCAUUUCAGUCCUUAGAUGAAGAGACAUUGGAAGCAAUGGCAAAACAUGAGACUGAAGAAGAAAAGAUCUUCCGAAUGUUUAAAAAACAAGUAGCUGCUGAACCAGAGCAGAUUAUUAGAUACUGCAGAGGAGGAGAAGGUCCACUAUGGGUGUCAGGUGAACACAGGCCUGAAGAAAAAGAUAUCCCAAAUUGUGUAUGUGGUGCCAAAAGGAUAUUUGAAUUCCAGAUUAUGCCACAGCUCCUGAAUCACCUUCAGGUUGACAGCCUUGGAGAGAGCAUUGACUGGGGAACGCUGGUGGUGUACACUUGUGCUGAGAGCUGUGGUGGGGGAAGUGAAUACCUGGAAGAGUUCAUAUGGAAACAAGACUAUUCCACGGGCUGUGCUUUAUGAAGUUGAGUCAUCCAAAUGGAAUACUUGAUGUUUCACUGCAUCUCUGCACUAUGCAAACACGUAGUUGAACUGAAGUCACUGAUAACUGUGCAUCUUGUAACAGUGAUAAAACUGCUGUAACUAGACGUUGACAGCCUCUCUUGUGCUCCAGAGGAGCUUUUACUUCAACCUGGUAAUGAAACCAGAUGCAUUUGUUCAGAAAGCUUCAUUUCAAAUCUCAUUUCUGGAAGUUUUUUUAAUAAAGAUGAUCAACUCUUGGAUUGGUGAAAUUAUCUUUCGCUGGUAAUGGAACUUCAAAAACUUAAAAAGAUUGUAGUCUGUCAGGAUUUUCAUUGGGCUACUCAAAAAUUAACAUUCAUUCAAAGAAAAGCAGACUACUGUAAACCCACUUGAGUGCUUAUGUUGAAGAGCUGUACAGGAGUCAGCUAAGAUAAAGCUGCAUAGCCUUUUGCUGUGGAAUUUAAAUCUGCUUCCCUUUCUCAGCAGGUACACUAAACCUAACUUGGGAGUUUGUCACAUGUUCUGAUUGAGUGGUUGAGAUAAUAUGCACAAAAAUCAAGUGUUUUAUCUGACUUUAAAACUAUUAGCCCCAUGCAGAAGAAGUAACUCCGUUACCUGGUGCAGAAGCAGUUUAAACAAAGUCAGCUCUACCAGAACACAUUUGUCUUCUUACACACUGCCUGUAGCAGCAGAUUUUCAGGCUGAAUUGUACCUUAAGUCUGCCAUAAUUGAUGGAGUUUAAAAAUAAGUGUCCUCUGCAGGGAUUCUUCCACUGUAUGACUGCCAUAUAGCUGAGGCAAGAGAAUAAUAAACCAUAAUGCUGAGCUUUACUGUGGUAGUUAGUUGCCUAACUCCUCCUGUGGCUAUGGCAGUAUUUGCAGAAAAGGCUUUUUUGUAUGUUUCCCUAUAGAAUUGACUUCAGUUACAUAUUCCCUUACCCUGCUCCAACCAUCCAUAGCUGCUUACCUGUGACUCUGUGGGGCCCACUGUGGGGGUUUUGAAAUCGUUUAGGUGUGGAAAGUACUCAAAUAAACAGGCAGAGAAUGCUGUA